GUAUUCUAACGUGAUUGGAUUUAAGGCCAGGUUAAAAAUACUUGUGGUAAUACAGUGCAAAAAUAAUCAAUAUCGUUCAUUAAUACAGCAUGCAUACCGUAAAUUCAUUCCUAGUAGGAGUAGUAUGGGAGUAUAUGAUUGUGAGGAACGGCACACAGAGUCCAGCCCCUCGUCCCGUCGCGCCAGGGUCGAAAGUUCACGUUCAAUCGCCCGAACUAAUAACGACAGAUAAAACUUCCCGGUCAAACUAACCUCUGUUGCGUCGCAUUUAUCGCUAAUUAUCGCAGGGGCUGAUUUCACGUCGAGCUGAUCAUGCUUUCAUCGUCCAAAAUCGUAAGUAAAGCUCGUGCGGUCUUUAGCGCGCCUCGGGUUUUUAAAGCGUGCGCUUCUCAGGGAGUCCUGAAACGGGGGAAGUUUGAGGGGGAGCCGUGCGACGCGUCCCGCACGCGGCGGAUGUCCGACGGCUUCAACGUCCCGCCGAGCGCGGAGUUCGUGGCGAGGGUCAGCGGAAUCGCGACUAUGUGCAAGUUACCGUUUCAGAAAACGGCGGACGGGUUGGACGCGGCGUUCGUCGGGGUUCCUAUCGACACCGGAACUUCCAACCGUCCCGGCGCGAGAUUCGGUCCGAGGCACAUCAGGGCAGAAUCCGCUAUGAUCAGGUUGUACAACGGCUGGACCAGAGCGGCCCCAUACGAAUCAAUAAAGGUGGCGGACAUCGGCGACAUUAACGUCAACCUCUUUGACCUGAAGGACACCUGCAAAAAAAUCCGAGAGGCUUAUCGUGAAAUUGUGGCCACCGGCUGCAUCCCCCUCACACUGGGAGGUGAUCAUACGAUUGCGUACCCAAUCCUGCAAGCCGUUGCUGAGAGACAUGGACCGGUGGGCCUGAUACACGUGGACGCCCAUGCAGACACUAGCGACAUGAUCCUGGGGGAGAAAAUUGGUCACGGGACCCCUUUCAGGCGCUGCGUGGACGAGGGGCUCCUGGACUGCAAGAGGGUCGUCCAGAUCGGUCUCAGAGGCUCGGGUUAUUCUCCAGAUAAUUAUGAGUGGAGCCGAGCACAGGGUUUCCGUGUAGUGGAGGCUGUGGAGUGCUGGCACAAAUCUCUCGUCCCACUCAUGGAGGAGGUUCGCUCACAGAUGGGCGGGCCGGUCUAUCUCAGCUUUGACAUAGACAGUCUGGACCCCGCUUUUGCUCCAGGGACAGGAACACCCGAGAUUGCUGGCCUCACACCCAUACAGGGUCUGGAAAUCAUUCGAGGUUGCCGAGGUCUUAAUCUUGUGGGUUGUGAUUUAGUUGAGGUUUCUCCACCUUACGACACCACAGGAAACACUGCUUUGACUGGGGCUAACCUCCUUUUUGAGAUGAUGUGUGUCCUUCCAAAAGUCAAAUAUUAUUGAUUUUUUUACGUUUUCGUUAAGACUUUUGCGAAAUGUCUCAAAUAAUUGCACAGUGACAUACAUGAUUUAUGUACAAAAUCAGUAUUAUUAUUAUUUUCAGCAACAAAUACCUUUAUUUGGAUGAAAACAGUGAAAAAAAAAUCAUAUCGUGGAUGAAGAAACAUAAACCUCGGGAAUAUAAAAAAAAAAUCACAAAAUUAUGAAAAUAAAACAUUUGAGGUUUAUUUGAUAAUACAGUUUUUGAACCGAUUAAUAAAUAGAUUACAUAACGUGA